AUGCGAGCGCCACCCAGUGGCACGCUAAUCUCGGAACACCACCAAUUUUCCCGACCUUGUGUCGUAGAGCAACGUCGGCCGGUAGCAAGCACCAACCUCCAUCACCACGAACUCGCGUUUUGGAAGCGCCGCCGCCACCUGCGCUUCGUCGAAAUCGUCGUCAUCCAGGUCGCCGUAGUGCCGCAGCAGCUCCGCGGGAGCUGGGGGCACGAAGGGGGGCACUAUGCGCUCCCACCUGGAGGUGGCCGGAUUGAAGUACGCCGCCACCCGCCGCUCAACUCCUCGGCGAAGACUGAGAGGCCGAGCACCGUGGCGGCCGAGACGCAGAGCGCCAACAUCUGCCGCCGCGUGACGAGACGCCGCUAA